AACAAUAAACAUAAAUGUGAUCGAUUUCUUUCCUACAAAGAUGGCUUUGGACAACAUUAGGUUUGAGUCGUUGACGGACAAGAGCAAGCUCGAUGGUCAGCCUGAGCUAUUCAUUCAUAUCAUUCCCGAUAAGACUAAUAACACCUUAACCAUUAUCGAUAGUGGGAUUGGGAUGACUAAGGCUGAUUUGGUGAACAACCUUGGAACAAUUGCAAGGUCACGAACCAAGGAAUUCAUGGAGGCAUUCGCUGCUGGCGCUGAUGUUAGCGUGAUUGGUCAGUUUUGUGUUGGUUUCUACUCUGCUUACUUGGUUGCUAACAAGGUUGUUGUUACUACCAAGCACAAUGACCAAUUGACGAUGAGCAGUAUGUGUGGGAGUCUCAGGCCGGUGGGUCUUUAAUCGUGACCAUAGACACCUCUGGGGAGGCUCUUGGUAGAGGAACCAAGAUGGUCGUUUACCUCAAGGAAGACCAGUUGGUUAGAAUAUUGUUUUUCUCUUAUUAGUUUUUAUAGAUGAUAGCCGAUUGAUUUUGUAAGAUUUACAAUCUUUUAUUUUAGGGUUUCUUUAACUGUAAGCUCAUUAAGUGAUAAUGAGAUCAAUUACUUCAAUAUAUUAAUUUGAAUCUAUAAAAAAGAUGAAGGGGAAGAUUCCAGUUGCACAUGUUUCAUCCCGUGUACUCUAGGUGUGUUUUCUCAUCUUUGAGUUUUAUGAAAAGAUUUGUGUGAUGUAUUAUUUUGAUGAUUAAAGCCAAGUUGAAUUA